CAUCCAUAAUUUUGACUUGUACGGACUCUCUCUCUCUCUCUCUAUCUAUCAUGACCUUGCGUUUUCCAACACUUUCCACGCCGUCGAAAGGGUGCUUCAUUAGUUGCCCGGACGAUGGGGCAAAGCGGUGGGGAUUGCGGUGGAGCAAAGCGGCAGGGUCCACCUUCAAGGGCUGUAGGUCCAGCCAUCUAUACAUGGGGGUGAGCCUAGUCGGUGUCCGUCUGGCGGACCUAUUUGUCAAGCCCCUUUCAAACCUUCCAAGGGUGUUACUAUCCCGCCGGAUGCCUUGCCUUUGCAACUGUCCUAUCUGGAUUUGGGGUUGCCCCAUUAUAACAAUCCAGAAGAGUUGGUUAUUUGCAACUGGUUGUUGUGUGCAGCGGAGGGGAACAUGGAGGAGAUUUUGGUUGAUGUGGGUGGUAGUGUGGCGCGGUGGAUGGCCUUGGUGUCUUUGGCACCCGGGUAUUUGGUUGAGGUUGGUGUUCUAGAUUCAUGGGCGUGUCUGUUAAAUUGUCGAGAGCGGUAUAAGGAAUCGAAUGCCCCUUCUCGAUUUUUUGCCUCCAAUCUUUCCAGGUUUGUUUCUGCAUCUUUUCGUGUUAUGGUAGUUUGACAUGUUUAUGUUUCUUUGUUUGUGCUAAUUUCACUCCUCUUGAAGCUUCGUACUGUCGUGGAUGCCUCCCUUGAUUGGGAUAAGUGUAUUGCUUCCUUCUAUGCGUUGAUUUCUGAAAAUACCGGUUUGAAAUAAUUGAUAAUUCGACUCUUCAGCCUAAUACAAAGCAUAAAUAUGGUGAUUUCCCGCACAAGUUGGUAUGUUAUAUAUUUCGCCCAGUCUGGUAUUUUUUACCUCUUUGCGCUCUUCGGUUUUCUUCAUUAUGAUGUGUGCAAUAUGAGGAUCUGUUACAGUUGAUCAUGCUAAUGGAAUUCUUUAGCACUAUUCAUCCGGGGAGGUCUACGAUGUGUGCGUGUUUUGGAGCCAAAGCACAUGCAGAUGAGUUGGUGUGAUUGCAAGAAUAAGGUUGACUGCGGGGUCUAUGUCAUGCGUCAUAUGGAGUCUUACAUGGGGCAAGGAGUGACUAGAUGGAGGUGUGGUCUUACCAAAGGUAACAUUGCUCAGCUCAAGAAGUUGAGGUUACACUACAUGAAGGAAAUUGCAACAUUAGAAUUCAAUUUACUUAAGUCUAGGAAUAUUUCUCGGGCGUAUCAGUUCGUGUAAUCGAUCCCGUUGGUCCGGAGUGGGUUUCGUGCCCUUGGGUUAAUGGAUAUUAAUUCGCAGUUUUUGCCAUGGUAUAGCUACCUUUUUGGAUUUGUUAUUCAGCUACCAUUGUUACUGUUUAUGGGUGUUUAAGCCACUAUUUAGUUUGUUGAGUUCUCA